AUGAGCGAUUUAGAUUGGGACGACGAGGAGUUCGAACCAUCUGCGGUCGUCCAAGAGAAAGCGCAAUGGGACGACGAGGAAGAAGAGGAAGAGGAAGAAGUCCCGGUGGUGGCAAAACCGAACACGAAGAAACCAACGACGAAAAAAGCAGAGGUAAAAGCAGCGUACGUGGACGAAACCUUGGCGGACCCGAUCGCGGAAAAACUGAGGCAGCAAAAGCUCGUCGAAGAGGCUGAUUUAAAAGCCGCGAUUGAGUUGUUCGGCUCCGAGGAGGAUUUCAAGGACUUCAACUUGGAAACGUUCGAACCAAAAAACGCGAAGGAUUUUGAAAAGCUCGCCACCGCAUCCGUAAAGAAACACUUUUAUACACACAGGAACAGUCCUCACUAUAAAGUGGCCGUGAAGACGUUCAUUAAAGUUGCGUUGAGCGAGUUUCCGGGCGCGGAUGUGAAGGAGAUUGAGUCGCACGUCGCGGCGCUUCGGAACGAAAAGAUUAAGAAAGAAAAAGAGAUGCAACAAAAGAGUAAGAAAGCGACGAGUGGGAGUAAGAAGAAGUUUAUCAACACCGGGAGCACGAAAGGAGACGCAGGGUUGGACGAUUAUAAGUACGAGUAUCAAGACGUGGACGAUCAGUACGAUUUCAUGUAG